AUGGCAUCUCUUUCACAAAACCAUGGGUUUUUCAUGGGUUCCCUUCUUGUGUCAGUUUUGAUUAUGGAGCUUGAGUGUUUUGGGUUCUUGAAUUGGCUCCUUCUAGGAUCCACACCUAUGGAUAUAGCGAGGAUAUUCAACUUUGGAGAAGAAAUUUGCAAGAGGAUUGUGAGGUCUCCUCUGGCUGACCUUUUUUCCGUCCAGACUGAAAAGUCAAAAGUCUCGAGUCACAAUGGGGACUCUUGUAGCAUGGAAAUUGAAUCAAAUGAACAAAUAGCUUCAACGGCUGGCACGGAAGAAGUUUCUCUUGCGCCUGAGAAUAUGAUAUCAGAUCUUAUUCCUGAAACUACCUAUUCUGUAGAAAGAAAACCGAGCAAAUCUGCAAAACUAGGAGAAAAAGCACCACAUGAAAUCAUCAACUUGUGGAAAGAGAAUGGCUUCACUAGUUUAAUAAUAGCAGCACCAGAGCUGGAUACGUGGAGUCUAGUUAAAGAGAUACUGCCACUUCUGUCAAAUUCUGCUCCUUUUGCUAUUUAUCACCAGUAUCUUCAGCCGCUCGCAACAUGCAUGCACAAUCUACAAGUGGGGAAAAUGGCAGUUGGCUUGCAAAUUUCAGAACCUUGGUUACGUGAAUAUCAGGUACUUCCAUCAAGAACCCAUCCAUGUAUGCAGAUGAAUGGAUUUGGUGGGUACAUUCUCAGCGGGACCAAGAUAUGUACCAACAACUGAUUGAUUCUAUA